GUUGAAUGCAGCGCUCAGUGCGGGAUCAUUGUGACCCAGAAGAGCGAAAGUUUGACGCAGUUUGUCCGCCAUGAGGGAGCUGGUGUGGAGCUUCUGCCUCGUCCUGCUGUGUUCGGGCUUCUGCUCUCCCGUGUCCGUGUCCUCGCGCCAGGCCCACCAGUUCCUGCGCAGAACCCGCAGAGCCAACCAGGUGUUCGAGGAGACCAAACAGGGCCACCUGGAGAGGGAGUGUGUGGAGGAGAAGUGCACUAAGGAGGAGGCGAGGGAAGUGUUCGAGAAUGACCCGGAGACGGAGUAUUUCUACCCCAAGUAUCAGGCUUGUAUGGAGAGAUUUGGGGAUUCAGAGAAGAAGAAACAGGAUUUGAUUACCUGCGUUCACAACAUUCCAGACCAGUGUUCCCCGAACCCCUGCUAUCAUUACGGGACGGUGCGCUGCGAGGACAAAAAGGGCGAAUUCCGCUGUCACUGCUUCACAGGAUGGAGCGGCGCCACGUGUCAGAACGAUGUGGACGAGUGCAUCAGUGGAAACGGCGGCUGUGAGCACGUGUGUAACAACACUAUGGGCAGUUAUAAAUGCUCCUGUGAGGACGGAUACCGGCUGUCGGGUCACCACAGCUGUCUGGAUGUGGACGAGUGUGUGGAGACUCCUGAUGUGUGUGGAAGCGCUCACUGCUCAAACCUCAUUGGUGGACUGGAGUGUCUGUGUGACGAGGGCUUCAUCUAUGAUAACAUCAGCAGGAGCUGUGUAGAUGUGGACGAGUGUGAGACGCACGUGUGUGAGGAGGAGUGUGUGAACACGCCUGGAAGUUUCCGCUGCUUCUGUGACGGUCGUCUGGGAAAGAGACUGAGCUCAGACAUGAGGAGCUGUGAGUCCAUUAGUCUGGAUCGGCCGCUGGACAUGAGGAGAAACUCUCGCUCUCUGUAUCUCGGCCGGAUGUUCAGUGGUAUUCCUGUGGUGCGACUCCGCUUCCGGCGCAGGGUUCAGACUGGUUUCACAGCAGAGUUUGACCUCAGGACCUUUGACCCCGAGGGCGUGAUCUUCUUCGCUGGUGGACAUUUGAACAGCUCCUGGAUCGUUCUGCUGGUGCAUCAUGGGAAACUGGAGCUGCAGCUGAAGUACGGAGUCGUGAGUCGAGUGACCAGCAGCGGACCGCAGGUCAACGACGGGCAGUGGCACAAGAUCUCGGUGGAGGAGCAGGGGCGGAGCCUGGUCAUUAAGAUUGACAGGGAGGCGGUGAUGAAGAUCGCAGUAAACGGAGACCUGUUCACUCUGAAUAAAAACAUGCACGAGCUGAACCUGACGGUGGGGGGAGUUCCCUUCAGAGACGAUGGGCUGGUCAGCAGAGUUAACCCACGGCUGGACGGCUGUAUGAAGGACUGGCGCUGGUUAACCGGUGAGGACACGUCCAUUCAGGAAACCAUCCGGCACAAUGAACGCAUGCAGUGUUACGCCGUCGAGGACCACAGCGCCUUCUACCCCGGACACGGGUUUGCAUACUUCAACCACAGCCAUGGAGACAAUCAGACGCUCAGUGUUCAUGUGACUCUGCGUGCCGCAUCCUCCAUGGGGGUUCUGUUCGCUCUGGUUCGUCAGGACAGAGUCCCGUUCUCCAUCUCUCUCUCCGACUAUCAUCCAGGGACCCUCCAGUGGACCAAGCAUGUACUGGUGUCGUUGGGUGAUGUGGUUGUGGGCAGUGUCCCAGUAAACCUCAGCGAUGGACAAACACACACUGUGAAUGUGACAAUGUCCGGCAAUGACUCCGUGCUGGAGGUGGAUGCUCAGCUCGCUCAGAUGGAGAUGAUGGAGGGUGUUGACUCUCUGGAUCUCACAUCCUCAUACAGCACCUUCAUAGGGGGCAUCCCAGAUGUUUCUCUGGUGUCGAGCCCCGUUUCUGCCUUCUUCACGGGCUGCAUGGAUGUGCGAGUGAAUGGGCAGCUGCUGGAUGUGGAUGAGGCCCAACACAAACACAACGACAUCCGCUCUCACUCCUGCCCUCUGGUGGACACACUGCAAUAACAGCGGCUUUACCCUCAUCUGGAUCCACUGAGCGGUUCCUAUAGGCCUUAAUAAAGCCAGAUGCACAACACACACACAAACACAGCACAGCCGAGACGCCACACACACUCAUGUAUUACUCACUGAUGCUUCCAUUAGACCAAUCCAACACAAGCUACUGAGAGUGUGCUGUAAAAUACUGUAACUGUACAUAUGCCAGUGUAAAAUGCUUUAGAGGACUAAAAACACCCAACCGCCAUAACAGGCCUGGAGAGGCUUGAUGUAGGUGCUCUUCAUCAUCAUUAUCGUUCAGUUUGAGCGGGAGGUUUUCUAGUCCCUCAUUUGUUUUUUAAUCUUGUUUUUAUUGUUGAAAUUGUUUUAUAUUUUUGUUCAUGUUUGUUCGCUCUGUGUGUGAGACUGAAACGCUUGUUGAAGACAAAUAAAGUUGAAUGUUGUUAUUAUUA